UUUCCAUUUUAUUGUAAAAGAAGAUUUAUUGUUCCUUCUCUGUUCCAUAUCUACACAUGAAGAAGGAGGACUCUAACUUCCACUUCUCGGAGAAAAAGCAAUUAUAUAUAUCCCCACCUCUGGCUUGACACCAAGUCUCCCAACCACAACAAGACACGGUUACAGUACACAUACUUUACAUAUAUUCAGCACAAACUGACACUCGCACAAAACACAGAAUGGGGAGAGGAAGAGUGGAGCUGAAGAGGAUAGAGAACAAGAUCAACCGUCAGGUCACCUUCUCCAAAAGGAGGAAUGGGUUGUUGAAGAAAGCUUAUGAGCUAUCUGUGCUUUGUGAUGCUGAAGUUGCCCUUAUCAUCUUCUCUAGUCGUGGCAAGGUUUAUGAAUUUGGUAGUGCUGGUACAACCAAAACCCUUGAGCGGUAUCAACGCUGCUGCUUCACUCCCCAAGAUAACAGCGUUGAACGCGAAACACAGAGCUGGUACCAAGAGGCAACAAAGUUAAAGGCAAAAUAUGAAUCUCUACAACUUACUCAAAGGCAUUUGCUAGGGGAAGAUCUCGGUCCGCUGAGUGUGAAGGAACUGCAAAAUCUUGAGAAGCAGCUUGAAGGAGCUCUUGCACUAGCUAGACAAAGAAAGACACAGAUUAUGAUUGAGCAAAUGGAAGAUCUCCGCAAAAAGGAACGUCACCUUGGAGACUUAAACAAGCAACUCAAAUUUAAGCUGGAAGCAGAAGGACAAAGUCUAGCCAUCCAAGACCUAUGGAACUGUGGUGCAGCAGAUGGAAACAGCAACUUUGCUUUGCAUGCUUCUCAAUCCAACCCCUUGGACUGUGACCCUGGACCUGUCCUACAAAUAGGGUACCAUCACUUUGUUCAAGCCGAAGGAUCUUCUGUUCCAAGAAGCAUGGCUAGUGAGACUAACUUCAUGCAGGGAUGGGUCCUUUGAACAGUACCUAAUCCUCUAAACUAUAUAUACAUAUAGAUAUGUUUGAUUAAUGUCUAGAUGGUUUUUCUGUUUUGGGAUUUGUCAUAUUUAAAUAUAUACUCUGAUGUGUAAGACAUGAUCAAAAUUCUUACUACUAUGUACUUAUUUUGAUUUUUGUUUUGAAGAAAAUAUUUUCUUAUAAAA